GCCACGUUCGCCACUACCCCAGCUCUUUGAGAGCUUCCUGCACUUGCUAUGGACUCUGAACUGUACCUCGUCAAGCAGCAAUUCACACUAGGGGCAUACAAGUCUCUGGUGGACUCCCCACUUCCGGACGCAUCGUCACCGGAUUACCACCAAUCCGUACUAUAUCACGCACGCGCACACAUCGCUCUUAGCAACCCUGGUGCCGUAGCCCGCCUUGUCUCUCCAGGCGAGGAGAAUGUUGCAUUGAAGGCCGUAUCGGCGCUCGCGCGAUAUGUUGCCGCAGAAGACGAAUCGGAGAAAGAGGAAGUGCUAGAGCAGCUUCGAGAUCUCUGCGUCGAGAUUGAAGAGGGAGAAGACUCGGAGGAAGACAAGGGUAUCGUUCGCGUUCUUGCUGGUACAGCUUUCAUCAGGGCUGGGGAGACGGAAGAGGCUCUGGAGACAUUGGGUGUCGGCACAGAUGCACAUAACUUGGAAGCGACAUCCCUCAUUGUCUACGUCUACCUAUCUAUCAACAGGCCUGACCUUGCCAGGAAAGAGUUCGACCGUGCCAAAGAUUGGGCAGAAGACGACCUCCUCCUGCAGUCCAUUGAGUCUUCCAUAGGACUUGUCACUGGGAGGGACUCCUACUCUGAUCCACACUCGUUCUUUACCGAACAAAUUGCUAACCCAACUGUCACCUCGCCGCACUUACUCACCGCCCGCGGCAUUACGCGGCUGUUACGUGGCGAAAUCGCGGAGGCAAGAUCGGACCUCGAAGAGUCGCUCUCCCAUGGAUCAAAUGCUGAGACUCUGGCAGCGUCUGUCGUGGCAGCUGGUUUGGGGGCAAAGAAGACUGAUGUGUCGGACCCCUGGAGUCGACUUACCAGCGAAUAUCCGAGUCAUCCCCUUAUUGCCGACCUCGAGAAGAAAGCGGAGGAAUUCGAUCAGUUCUCGACACAAUUUUCGGUCCCGCCUUUGGCUGUAGGAGUUUGAUUGUUGCGGUGCCUGCAAUAUUAUAGUAUAGGACAGUAUCAUGAAGGAAUGGAGCACUGAGGCAACACGGCAUAUCUCAUUCACCAUCUAUACAUGUCCUCGUAUUCAACGGUGUGGAUGACCUCCUCCAGAUGCUGUUGCUUUGCAGGCGUCAUACCUGGUGAGACGCCGAGUUUCAACGUCUGCAA